AUUAUAACCAUCUACUUGAUGUACACACCAUUUCCGUCCAACAAUCCUCGUCUGCCUUCAUACUCUUAGAAGACGAUGGCAUGGCAUAAAUGCUGUCGCCGUAUAGCUUUUCAGCGCUUUCCCUGCGAUUCCCGUGCUGGACAAACUCGUUCCACCCACUCGUCGGCCCUACACUUCUAUCAGAAUAAGCAACUCGACCUUUAUGCAGCUAAGGAGGCUCAUAGAUUGACUCUGCGUCAACUGGUGUUCUUUGGUCGUUCAAUGGACGAGGAGAGGCUCAUAAAGAGCGCGAAUUAUGUGCGCACAGAGCUUCCUGUACGAAUAGCACACAGGAUUCGCGAUCUUCAAGCCCUUCCGUACAUCGUGGUGACUCAGGAAGGUGUGGCCAAAGUCUAUGAGUUAUAUUGGCUAGCUUUUGAAAAGUUUCGACGAUAUCCGCCGGUGAUGAAUCUUGAAGACAACCAGAAGUUUUGCGAAUUUUUGGAGAACAUCUUAAAUGAACAUGCACCUGUUAUACCAAGUCUUUCUCUCGGACUAUCGCUCUCUUCACCCCAUCUCUCCCCCGAACUUUUAGAUUCUUUCAUGCAUCGGAUGCUUGUGUCGCGAAUAUCAAGACGCGUAUUAGCAGAACAUCAUCUAGCCCUCUCAAAGGCCGUCAUGGCGAGUGGCAAAGAUUCGGAGAAUGAGCACCAUGUCGGCAUCAUCUACCCUGGUCUCAGCGUGAAACGAAGUAUCGAUAAAUGCACAAAUGUCCUGCGUGAACGUACUCAUGCUGUAGAGGAUGACAAUGGCGUACUCGUUUCCAACCGGGGUUGGCCAGAAGUGGCGAUUGAAGGGCACCUCGAUACCAAAUUUGCCUUCAUCAGAGAACAUCUCGAAUAUAUUCUUUUUGAACUACUCAAGAAUGCUAUGAGAGCCUCUGUGCUGAAGCACCGAAAUAAGCCGGACCUGCCCAAGAUUAUUGCUACGAUUGUUGCUGGCGAUAAUGAUGUCGGUAUAAGAAUAUCAGACCAAGGUGGCGGAUUAUCGACGACACGGAUCAACUCACCCUCAGAUCUAUUUUCAUUCUCCCAUGAACGCAAUGCAACACGACUGGACAUCGCUCGACUUGGGGCUCUCCGAAGCGCAAGUUCGCGGGGCAUAAAAGCUACUGUGGCGGAACAACUCGACCACUGGCCGUCGCGGGAGAAUGAUGGCUUGUCUGGAGAUAAUCCGGAAAGAGAUGCAGGGAUAGGCCCACAUCCUAGGAUCGGCCUAGGGCUCCCUAUGAGCAACAUAUUUGCUACUUAUUUCGGAGGAUCUCUCCAACUGGUGUCAAUGGAUGGUUGGGGGGUCGAUGUAUACUUGCGUUUGCCGAAACUCGGUACAAACCUAGAAGGGAUCGAGUUAUAGCCUGUGACCCCUUAUGACAUCGGUGCAUAUUGUACUAAAGGAGAUACAGCUUACGCCGGAAAGUGGAGUGCCAGGGAGUGCCAAGAACACAAAGAGCUCUUUCAUCUCAGUGGACAGGCACGCACAUGUCAGAUAGGCUGAACCUGGCUGAACGUGCCGGUGCUCUGCGGAGCAUUCGGACCUUUCGGCCUGUUGGUAAAUGGCGGUCCCAGAGGGUUUCAGUAAAACCAAGGACAAACACUUGUAGUUGUAUUGAGUUUUCCUAGGGUCGUAUGAUGUGACACUUAUCCUCACUUAUCCGGGUUUCGGACCCGUGGCGAUCGAGCGCUAGCGCUAGCGCCUGCGCGCCCAAAAUGCUGUACAAUAACAUGCGGUGUUUGGUGC